AUGUCUGAACUCAGCCAAAACUCUGACGAAGAAGUGUGUCCCGAGGACAUCGAUGAAGAUGAAAUCCUGGCAAACCUGUCCCCCGAGGAGCUCAAGGAGCUGCAGUGUGAGAUGGAAGUCAUGGCCCCAGACCCCGAAGUCCCAACGGGGAUGAUACAGAGGGAUCAGACGGAGAAACCCCCCACGGGGAGCUUUGACCACAGGUCCCUGGUUGACUACCUGUACUGGCAGAAGGCAUCCAGACGCAUGCUUGAGGAUGAGCGAGUUCCCGUCACUCUCUUGCCCUCUGAGAGAAGCGCUGCGGAGGAGACGGAAGGAAAGGUCGGCGGCAGUGGCGAGGCGGCCGGAGGGAGGGUGCCGGGAGCGGAGGGCAAAGAGAGACAUUACAAAAACGAGCACUUGUCCAACUCGGGAACACAGUUUGGGGAGACAGAGAAAGAUGGAAGCGAUAAGGAGAGAGGGGAGGAGGAGGAUGAGGAAGAUGAAGAUGAUGAAGAGGAGGAGGAAGAGGAUGAAGAAGAAGAUGGGACUGAAUUGGAAACAAAGGAGACUUACACUAAUGAGAAUCGUCACAGUGAUCAGAUAAGUAAGAAACCAGGUACAGAAUCAGGAGAAAUCACAGAAAAGCCAAAUGAAAAGAAAAUAUCAAAAUUAAACAUCCCCCAGAAGUUAGCACUGGAUACCAGCUUCAUUAAGCUAACUGCCAGGCCUUCAGGAAAUCAAACCAAUUUGGAAGAGAGUUUGGAGAAAGUCCGAAAAAACAACCCAGACAUGAAAGAGCUCAACCUGAACAACAUAGAAAACAUCCCCAAAGAAAUGCUGAUAGACUUUGUCAAUGCCAUGAAAAAGAAUAAGAACGUAAAAACGUUCAGCUUGGCCAACGUGGGAGCCGAUGACAACGUGGCGUUCGCGCUGGCCAACAUGCUGCGGGAGAACAGGAGCAUCACCACGCUGAACAUCGAUUCCAAUUUCAUCUCUGGCAAAGGGAUCGUUGCUAUCAUGAGAUGCCUGCAGUACAAUGAGACGCUGACGGAGCUCCGCUUUCACAACCAGCGGAGCAUGCUGGGCCACCAGGCAGAAAUGGAGAUCGCCAGACUGCUGAAAGCCAAUGACAUCCUCCUUAAAAUGGGGUAUCACUUCGAACUGCCGGGGCCCAGGAUGGUGGUGACCAACCUGCUCAGCAGAAACCUGGACAAGCAGAGGCAAAAGAGGCAAGAGGAGCAAAGGCAGCAGCAAAUGAAACAGCAGAGAGAGUUGAUAGCGAUGCUGGAAAAUGGACUUGGGUUGCCUCCCGGGAUGUGGGAAAUGCUGGGGGGACCACUGCCCCAGCCGAGGAUGCACGAACCCCCGCAAGCCCCGAAACCACCCCUCCCCACGGCUGUGUCUCUGAACAAAAGGCAGGAGAGUGCGAGGCAGCCGGCCCCCGAGCAGCCUUGCCGAGAGAAGCCCGUCAGCUUCAAAGUGGUCAAGCUGAAGAAGAUUCAGCGCAAACCCGCUGUGCCGGAGUACGUGGAACCCGUCGAGAAAACCAACCUUAGAGACGUCAUCAAAACGCUUAAACCAGUUCCCAGGAGAAGGCCACCUCCCCUCGUUGAAAUAACCCCGAGAGAUCAGCUACUAAACGACAUUCGUCAGAGUAACGUCGCUUAUCUUAAACCGGUGCCAUUGCCAAAGCAGCUGGAGUGA